UCAGCGUGUCGCGCAAGACUGUCGCCAAGGCCGCAAACUCGGCUCUCCUCCUCUUCUUCUUUGGCUUUUGGUUUUGGCUUUUUCUUUUUUCUGCUCGAUUCGGUAGGUCGCACGCUUGGAGCUCUCCUACCUCCUGGCCAGACUCGAUUCGUCACUUGGCUUCGCAUCGCCCUUUGCGGGGGGAGUAUCUUUUUUGUGUGACGAGUGGCGGUUAGGAUUGCCCAUUUGGCGAGGCAGUGUGACGCUUCCAUUUCAAAUGAUUGUUUCUUGGGGAGAGAAAAACUUUCGAGCUGAGUAAAACACAGUAGCCGAGUAAUAGAGCCGAGGUGCCAGGAAAGACAGUGAUGGAGGAGGCAGGAAGGUCCAGUUGAUUGCCACAUAUGGACUCCCAAAGAUCUCCAAAGGAAACUGUCCUCAUUACAGGAGGAGGCGGCUACUUUGGAUUCCGCUUGGGCUGUGCUCUGAGCCGGAAAGGAGUGCGUGUGAUUCUGUUUGAUGUCAGCAGCCCUGGCCAGACCAUCCCACAAGGAAUCAGAUGGGUGCGUGGAGACAUCCGCCACCUGGCUGACGUGGAGAAAGCCUUCCAGGACGCGGACAUUGCCUGUGUCUUCCACACUGCCUCUUACGGCAUGUCGGGGCGGGAGCAGCUGAACUGGAACCUGAUUGAGGAAGUCAACGUGGGUGGAACUGACAACGUCCUGCAGGCCUGCCGGCGACGAGGAGUCCCCAGACUGGUGUACACAAGCACAUUCAAUGUUGUCUUUGGAGGCCAAGUCAUCAGAAAUGGAGAUGAGUCCCUGCCUUACCUGCCGCUUCACCUGCACCCCGAUCACUAUUCCCGGACCAAAUCUAUUGCAGAGAAGAAGGUGUUGGAGGCAAAUGGUUCUUCCCUAGAGACGGGAGAUGGUGUCUUAAGAACCUGCGCCCUGAGGCCAGCUGGCAUCUAUGGGCCUGGAGAACAAAGGCACCUGCCCAGGAUAGUGAGCUACAUCGAGAGGGGCCUGUUCAGAUUUGUGUACGGCGACCCCAGCAGCCUGGUGGAGUUUGUCCAUGUGGAUAACUUGGUGCAGGCACACAUGCUGGCCUCAGAGGCCCUAAAGGCCGCCAAGGGCCAUGUUGCCUCCGGGCAGCCCUACUUCAUCUCAGAUGGCAAACCCGUGAACAACUUUGAGUUCUUCCGACCUUUGGUUGAGGGCCUGGGCUACACAUUCCCAUCCACCCGCCUGCCGCUCGCCCUGAUCUACUGCUUCGCUUUCCUGACCGAGAUGUCCCACUUCAUGCUGGGCCGGCUCUACAACUUCCAGCCCUUCCUCACUCGCACCGAGGUUUAUAAAACUGGUGUCACACAUUACUUCAGCCUAGAGAAAGCUAAGAAGGAGCUUGGUUAUGAGGCUCAGCCAUUUGACCUGCAGGAAGUAGUGGACUGGUUUAAAGCCCACGGCCAUGGCCGAAGUCCUGGAAAUGGAGACUCAGGGUUCCUUCUUUGGGGAGGGCUGUUGAUCUUACUCUUGGUUCUGUCACUUUUCACCUGUCUGCCACCCACUGUGCUUCUGUCAGUGUGAAGAAAGAGCUAGAAAUAAGUUCCUGAUCAUACUUGCUGGAAUGACUUUCAAGAACACAGGUUUUAAAAUAUCUUUGGUGUUAUCUGGUGCUACACUUCAGCUUUCCAAAUUACUACAUAAGAAUAGGUUCUUUGAUUAAAUUUUUCUUCACUUUUUGCUUUCUAGCUGAUCCUGUUGGGAACAUGGAGACAGACAGAUAGACGAGUUUGCAAGUUGGGUUUCUCCUGUCCUGUCUUAACUAGAUACACAGAAGCCAUCUGGAGUUGUAGGCAAAGGCUUGGCUAAAUAGGAAAUCGCUUGAAUAUCUCAGAAUCCAAAACUACAGUUAGUUCUUUUUCAUACACUCUGCAUGUACAGAACUGGAUGAACCUAGACCUAUCAUGGGAGCAGUGAGAGGCUAACACGCUUGAAACUGUGGAAGACAAUUGGCCAGGUUCCUAAUGGACCAGCCCUCGGGGUGGCGGCUGCUGCAGGGAAACAGUUGUGCACAGCCUAAGUUGUCAGGAUAGACUUCCUUCUCAUGAUAAAGAAAUCCGUGUGACCACAUGAGAUACAGAUACUUAAACCACUAGACCUUUCUCUGCUUCAUGGGGUUAUUGUGAAGAUUACAUCAGGCAGAGCACACAGUGUUAAUUAGCACACGUUAGCCAUUAUUUUUAUUCAUAGUUAUGCAUUCCUUAUGAGGGUUUCCUCCUCAUAGUAUUCUCCUGAGAGGGGCUGUUGCUCCUGAACUUUCUGGAAUAUCCGGUUGUGCCCCCAGGGGCUCCAUAAUAUGUGCUCCACAUUCAUAACAUCCUGGCCUAGAGUGAUGCUUAAGAAACAUCUGGACAUCCCAAGGAAGGCAGUCAAAUGAAUGGUGCCGUUUUAGUUAAAGAGCAUAGCAUAGAUCUAAUACAGUUCUUUUCUUGCCAGGGAGAAUUUUGGCUUCUUACUCUAGAGAAGGCAGCUUCCAGAGAGAACCAAGAACAGCACGCCUGCUCACUCUGAGGAUUGACAGGGACAAUUUCAAGUUACGUGCCUUUUAAGAACCAGAAUGGAAAGAUACCAUGUUUUUUUUCUUAGGCCAUGAAGGGCAAGCCUGGCAUGUGAUGUGAUGGGUUGCUGUGGACAGCUGUGCUAGAGGUGUUCUGGAGAACGUGAGCAUGCCGACAGAUGAGCAGCCCCGGAUGAAUGCUGCCCAGAUGUCCUGGGAGGAGCCUGAACUCUCCGUCGAGGCCCGCCACUGUGAUUAUCUGCGCAGCCUUAACCAAGUACCUGGGGCCUCUUUCAGACUUUUUUCCUCCCUUGGUAGACAGAACUGGCUGGAUUUCCCCCUUCCAUGAACUCACCAGUCUCACAGGGUUUCCUGUGAGCGUAAAACAAGAUGUGGUUAAGAUGCUCUUAAUGUAUAAAUUUCAAUGUUAAUAAAUAUGAAGCUGUG